AUAUCAGCCAUAUAAAAAUUUACAGAGAAGGCCUUCAGAGCAAGGCCUUACAAAAGGACAAGCUUCAACUCAGUCCCAGAAGAUGCUUGCUCAAUAUCAAUAGGUCGAGAGACGAAGCCAUGGCUUCUGAGAUACCAGAUAUGAACCUGGACAAAACCAUAUGCAUAAGAUUGUUAAGAAGACAUUCCUAAUUCUGGAUGCACCUAAGGCCUGCUGCACUACCAGCCAGCUGGCCGCAUGUGCACUCUACACUACACUGAAAUUCAGCUCCAAACUCUCAACCCUCGGUGCAACCCUCGGUGCAAGGAGGAUUGGAACACUGGUCAAGCCAUUCAUUAGACGGCUUCGAUACACAAAUUCGGCACUCUGAUCCUUGAGGAUCGGCGUAC